AUGGCUUUGCAUCAGUUUGAUUAUAUCUUCGCAAUUGCAAUGAUCUUUGCAUUCUUGGAUGCAUGGAAUAUUGGAGCCAAUGAUGUGGCAAACUCAUUCUCAUCUUCUGUUUCUUCAAGAUCUUUAAAAUACUGGCAAGCUAUGAUUUUAGCUGCUAUUUGUGAAUUCUUGGGUGCAGUUUUGGUUGGUUCAAGAGUUUCCGAUACUAUUAGAAAUAAAAUUAUCAAUGUUAGUGUUUUUGCUGAUUCUCCAGCAGUUUUGAUGUUAACUAUGGCCACUGCUUUAGUUGGUUCUUCCACUUGGUUAACCAUUGCCACUUCUAUUGGUAUGCCUGUUUCUACUACCCAUUCUAUCGUUGGUGCUGUUAUUGGUUCUGCAAUUGCCGCUAAAGGUGGUAACAACAUUGUUUGGGGUUGGAAAGGUGUUUCACAAAUCAUUGCUUCUUGGUUCAUUGCCCCAGCUAUUGCUGGUGGUUUUGCCACUAUUAUCUUUUUGAUUUCUAAAUUUGCCGUUUUGGAAGUGAAAAACCCAAAGACUUCUUUAAGAAAUGCCAUGUUAUUGGUUCCUUGUUUAGUCAUGACUGCUUUCAGUAUCUUAACCAUGUUGAUUGUUUGGAAAGGUUCUCCAAAAUUGAAAUUGGGUAAUUUGUCAACUGGUACUAUUGUUGGUGCCAUCUUUGGUACUGGUGGUGUUGCCACUGCUUUAUACAUUAUUUUCUGUUACCCAUACUACAAAAGAAAAUUGGUUCAUGAAGAUUGGACUUUGAAAUGGUACCAUAUUUUCAUGGGUCCAGUUUAUUGGUUCAAAUCUACUGAUGACAUUCCACCAAUGCCAGAAGGUCAUCAAUUAACUCAAGAUUUCUAUAAAGGUAGAAGAUACGAUGAAGCCGGUAACUUGAUUGAACUUGGUCCAAAUGGUACUACUACUUCCACCGGUGGUCAAGUUGAAAGUUUGGCAACUAUUGAUGAUUCCAAUUCCGAUGGUGAAAAAACUUCUGCUAUUGUUCAAAACCAUGCUAUUCAAUCUGAUUCUGAAAAACAACAACCAGCUCCAAAUGGUGCAGUUCCAUACAAAUCUGAAACCGGUAAAUGGCCAAACAAAUACCCAGAAUAUUGGAAAUUGCUUAAACAAGGUCCAUCUAACUGGCCAUUCACUUUUUUCUUGAUGUUGACUCAUGGUUUUAGACAAGAUGUUAUUGCCAAUCAAGCUGGUUCAAAUGAUGUUUUAUCUGGUAACCUUCAUCAAAUGCAUACUGCCUCCAAAUAUUACGAUAACAAGAUUGAAUACAUGUAUUCCCUUUUACAAGCUAUCACUGCUUGUACUAUGUCUUUUGCUCAUGGUGCCAAUGAUAUUUCCAACGCUACUGGUCCUUUAGCUACUGUUUAUUUAGUCUGGACCACCAAUACCAUUGCUUCAAAAGCUGAUGUUCCAGUUUGGGUCUUGGUUUAUGCUGCUUCUGCUUUAGUCAUCGGUGUCUGGACUUAUGGUUAUCAUAUCAUGGCUAACUUGGGUAAUAAAUUGAUUUUGCAAUCUCCAGCAAGAGGUUUCUCAAUUGAAUUAGGUGCUGCUAUUACUACUGUUAUGGCCACUCAAUUGAAAAUCCCAGUUUCUACUACUCAAUCUGCUGUUGGUGCUACUGUUUUUGUUGGUUUAUGUAAUAGAGAAUGGAAAUCUGUCAACUGGAGAAUGGUUGCUUGGUGUUAUUUGGGUUGGAUUUUCACUUUACCAUGUGCUGGUUUGAUUGCCGGUAUCUUGAACGGUAUUAUCUUAUAUGCUCCAUCUAAAGGAGUUGAAUACACCAUGGGUUAA